CUAACAAGGGCGCGCCUGUUGGGGCAUCUUCUCGCUCACUUUCGAUUGACUAUCGUGGUAAGGAUGGGUCUGUGCAGCUACUGGACGGUUGCCGUCCCGAAGAAGUCGCCUGCAGAAGCCAUGGCUGAGAAGUGGCUCUUUGUGUUACCGAUGGGAAGCAACUUCUUUGCCCGGUUCGACUGCAUUCGGUUUCACCGGGCGUGGCUCUGCUUGGCGUGCUGCCUCGUCCAGUUUUGCGCUGGGUCGAUCUACUCGUUCACGCUGGUCGCCGACGACUUGGACAUGUUCUUUUCUGGCACCAAAACCAAGCAAUGCAUGCAAGCACUCCUGUUGGCGUACGUAUGCUUGGGGGCGACCGCGGCACUUUCUGGGCCAUUCCUCGAGCGUAAUGGUCCUCGGAUCGGCAUGACCAUCGGUACAGUCAUGGUUGCGUUGGGGCACAUAUUUGCUCAAGCUGGCGUGAUGCGAAAAGACCUGAAGUGGCUCAUGGUGGCGUAUGGUGUAUGUGUCGGCAUUGGGUUUGGUUUGCUGCUGAUCACGUCGAUUUCGACCGUUCAAAAGUGGUUUCCCGACCUGCGCGGGUCCGUGACAGGUCUCGCUGUCAUCUUUUUUGGCAUCGGAAACGCAGUCUUUAUCAAGGCAUUCAGCACCUUUGUUGCGCACAACGCCGUGCCGAGGCUCUUUUGGGAGACAGGCGUCGCGACUGUCGUUGUCUUGAUUUUGUGCACUCUGAUUAUUCGAACUCCCCCUGCGACGUUUACCGUCCGCGGGCAAGACACGCACUGUGUUCCUGUCAGCCGGGCUCCUUCCCCUGACCUUGUGCAAGACGAAUACCUCAAAAUUGGCAUGACGUUUGUCAACUAUUCCGCCGUGCAAAGCGAGCUCGACGGCACGGACGGUCACUACUUUCAACAAGUCAAGGCGCUCAGUUUGAUGCAGUGUAUUUUCUCGACCGAUUUCGUGUGCAUGUAUAUCGCGUUUGCCGCGUGCAUUAUGCCCAUCGUGAUCUUCAUUCCUCAAGCCCAAAGCAUGCAAGGGCUCCUUAAAAUCGACAACCUGACCUUUAUGACGUACACGUAUCUGGCUAAUCUGUCGGGACGACUCUGCGCCCCGGUCAUCUCCGACUUGUUGAUUCGAGUGUGCUAUGCCAACCCAGCGUUCGCUCGCAAAGUCGUGUUCGUCGCGCUGCUGGCCAUCGAAUGCGUGGCCCUCUUCAUCCUGCCCCACCACAGCCACAACGCCACCACUCGCCAAUGGCUGUCCAACGCUCUCACGUUCUCGUCGGGGGGUGGCCUUGCCCUCAUGCCAUGCUUCAUCACGGACAUGUUUGGUGUGUACAACUCGGGCUCCAUGUAUGGGCUGAUCUGGACGAGUUGGUCGCUGGGGGCGGCCAUCUCGUGGCGCCAGCUUGACGGGGCGACGUUGACCAUGGCAUUGUACGAGGCGCAGCUACACUGGAUGCUCAUUCUGACUGCGACGGCCCUCGGCUUGAUGCUAUUUGUUCGGACGAAUUCCUGCGAUCGGUUCUUCUAUGGGUACCAGUUCAGCGCGUGCGACAAGAUCUUGGUACAAGUGCCAUUUCGACGCCACCUUGUGCGCGAAGACCCCAUCCUUGACAGCAUGAGCUUCACAACUCACACCCCGCGCAGCCACGAUGCUGUCCCGACAGACGGAUUUGUCCUCUGGAGCGGCGAAGGGUCCACCGGGAAAUACGUUCGCCAUGUCGUAACAUAGGGUGUCACCGGGGGUAUCGUGGCGCUAGUUGUCAAUUUGUUGAAUUGAUUCGAUGUGAAUUUGUUGGAAA